AUACAAUCCACUUCGAUUUGAAGAACACUUAUAAAAUUAAAACCCUAAAUCAACAAUAAUCAGCUAUUGCUCGUGAGUCGUGAAGCAAAAUCUUGCCGGAGUUCUUCGACGUCUGCUAGAAUCACCGAGAAGUUGGACAAUGCAGUCGAACGAAGCAUCAUCUUCAAUGGAUGUUGACACUGUCUCAUCUAAAGCAAAAGUUUUGCCUCCAAAGCCGAAGUUUAAGCCUUUGAAACCUCAUGAGAUGGCUAGUGGACAGGUUCAAUUCCGCAAGGUAUCAGUUCCACCACAUCGUUAUACACCUCUCCAUAAACUUUGGAUGGAGUUCUAUACUCCCAUUUAUGAGCAGAUGAAAAUUGACAUCCGAAUGAAUAAGAGGGGUCGAAAAGUUGAGCUGAAGACAAGGCCUGAUACUCCUGACAUCAGUAACCUGCAAAAAUGUGCUGACUUUGUCCAUGCUUUCAUGUUGGGUUUUGAUGUCAUAGAUGCUAUUGCUAUUUUGCGUCUGGAUGAGCUCUAUGUUGAGUCCUUUGAGAUCAAGGAUGUUAAGACACUUCGUGGCGAUCACUUGUCCCGUGCUAUUGGAAGAUUAUCUGGAAAGGGCGGUAAAACCAAGUUUACAAUUGAGAAUGCAACAAAGACAAGAAUUGUGAUUGCUGACACCAAAAUUCACAUUUUGGGAUCUUUUGCAAACAUCAAGGUUGCUAGGGAUAGUCUUUGUUACCUAAUUAUGGGAUCACCAGCAGGAAAGGUCUAUUCCAAAUUGAGAGCUAUUACUUCUAGGAUGGCAGAAAGGUUUUGAUCUUAUAGUGAUGAGUUAUAAAAUAGAGUUAUUUAUGAAUUUUUUUUUAUUGAUUGUUACAUAAAUAUCAAACUUUGGUUUUUCUUGUCAGAAUUACUAUUUCUUUUUCUUUUGAACUUCGUAUUAGAUGUGUGUUAUCAUAUCUUCAAUUGUUAAUUCCUUUUCCUUCAAGUGUGUUAUCAUAUCUUCACACCUAGUGGACAUUUUAUUAGUGUUGAUUUAUGCAUACUUUUUUUGUUAUAAAAAAGGGCAUAUGAUCAUUUGAGAAUUAAAUAGUAAA